GUUACUGGGGCUUCCAGACAGAAAAACGUUUAUAUCCCCAUCCUGCCCGCGGUCCCCUGCCCAUGUCCCCCUCACCGUGACAUGCCGCACCGUACCACAUUGCUUUUCGGGGGGUCACUUGGACCCCAGGACUUAUAUGAAUGACCUUGCUGGUCUCUGUACACCGAGGCCCGUGUACUCGUGAACCCUCGACCACGUUGGAACCUUGUUCACCUCUCCCUGCCUCUGGAGCACAGACAGACCGAGUCACACCCGAGACUGAGAUCGCGGAGCGCGCAUUGUGAACACGACCAUGACGGAUUCGCACCUUCUCUUUGGCCGCGCUGAAGAUGGGGGGCAUGGACCAUACAUCUCCCCCCGAGGAGGUCGGGCAUUGGCAGUCAGUGUUGUGUUCACCACGCUCGCAUCCUGUUCCGUGGCCGCUCGUAUCUAUACUCGCACCAAGUUGAUGCACCGCAUGGAGCCGAACGAUUGGAUGAUUAUUCUGUCCUUGUUGUUGUCUUUUGUCUUUAUGGGGCUGUUCAUCGUGGAGGCCAUGAAUGGGAUGGGGAUGCAUGAGUCACACAUUCCACCACAGGUGCUUUUGAAUCAGAUGAAGGCGUUCUGGCUUACGAUUCCGUUCUACAAUGCCGCCGUGCUGAUUGCGAAAGCGUCGAUCCUGAUGCAGUAUUUCCGUGUGUUCCCAACCCGGCGCAUGCGCCGCAUCUCCUGGGUCAUGAUUGGCAUUCUUGCUACGUACGGAUCCUGGGCGGUUCUCAGUGCCUUUCUCAACUGUAUCCCCGUGGCGAAAUUCUGGGACCCGAGUGUGUCGGGAUUCUGCUUGAGUAUGGAAGGGCUGUGGUUCUCGAAUGCGUCCAUGCACAUCGCCACCGAUAUCGUGAUUCUCCUCAUCCCUAUCCCGGCCUUGUCGGGGCUUGAGCUGCCCAAGAAACAGAAAUUGGCGUUGAUGUUGAUCUUCGCGCUGGGUGGAUUUGUCUGCGUCACCAGUGUUUGCCGCCUCGUUGCCCUGAAGAAGAUUGCCGACUCGACGGACCCUACGUACGACAACGUGGGUGCUGCAGCCUGGUCUGCCAUUGAAUGCAACACGGGCAUCAUUUGUGCCUGCCUGCCCACCCUCCGGCCUCUCAUUUCGCGGCUGCUCCCGCAUCUGCUGUCGACUCUCAGCGGAGGCGCCCAUGUGUAUGGCUACGGACCCGCGCCGUCUUCGCACGGGCAGCCGCCCACAUUUUGGAACGGCACGGGCACGGUGACGACUACGAUCACUACGCACACGCAUUUGGACGAUCUCGAGUUCGCUCAUUGCUCGGGCGACGCGGACCGGUAUCUGACUCUGGUGCCGGGACACGAACUUGGUGGUAAAGGGAAGAUUAUGGUGCGCGAAACCCACAACAGCUCGGCGGGCUUCCGCGAGUCGUUGACAAGGACGGAGGCCUUUCCAUCAUCGUCCUCGUGAAACCCUGUCGGUAUAGGAUGCCGUCCUUUGUUCAUUCCUUCAGCGUUCGUUUCUUUUCUGUCUAUACCUCUCUGUCUCUCGAUGUAUCUACCGGCUGUUGCUUGGUCUAGCC